AAGAAUGCGCGCAAGGGGUGGGGGUACGUAACGUUACGUAGCGCUGCCUCCCCAGAGCAACAGGAAAGCCGCUCCCUCCUCCUCCUCCUGGGGGGUAAAAGGCAGCCCGCACCUCCUCCCUGUCUUCCUCCUCCCCACCGGAGCAUCUCGGUUCAUCUGGAUGUUUUCGCUCUGAUCUCUGGCCGCCGUUUGGAGCAGUUUAAAGUGAACAGGAGGUUUCUCUCCAGCCAUGCAGAAGGUGGAAGGACGUGUGACCCCCGUUAACCUGCCGUCCUCCAGGGGCCCGAGCGCCCCGGGGUCUCCGGCUACUGGCAUCAUGACUCGUCUCAAUGACCAGGUUGUGGGUUACAAAGACCUGGCAGCGCUGCCUAGAGAUAAAGCCAUCCUGCAGGUGGAGAGGCCCGACCUGAUGACCUACCAACCCCACCUCAGCUUCUCUCCUCUUGACCCACCGCGCAGAGAGCGCUCUCUGUCUCCUACGUCCUCUUCUCCCAACAUGUCCCCAGAGGUGAAAGGUCGCAGGGCAGAGAGUGACAGUGGUUCACCUGGAGGAUCUACACUUCAGCUGCAGGCUGGACGGAAAAUCAGCACGAGCUUGCAGCACUUCCACCGGCCAGAUAAUGGCACCAACAUCUACAGGAAACCUCCGAUCUACAAACAGGAUGUUCAGAAACAAGCAGAGGGAAGUGGAGUCAUUCAGUCCGCCAAGUUCCCCGCCGCUCAGCCUCCAGACCCCAACCAGCCCUCCAAGAUAGAGACGGAGUACUGGCCCUGCCCCCCCUCACUGGCUGCCAUGGAAAUUGAAUGGAGGAAGAAGAAGGUGCAGGAGGAAGAUGAGUUUGAAGAUCUGACUGAAGAAGCCAAAACGCUGCAGGAGCAGGAGCUGGAGAAGAUCAAGUCCAACCUGGGUCGUCUGAUCCUGAAGGAAGAGAAAGAGAAAGGCGUUCAGUUCAGGCGGAAGACACAGUCACUACCCGACAGAACCCACAUGCACAGCACAGGUUCAUCAGCAAAUGCAUCAAAGUCUCCUUCACGCUCCGGCCUGGCCAGAAUGCAGUCAGCAGAGUUCUCCACAGAUGGAGAUAAAGGACGGCCGGCUGCUCAGAAUGGAGAGACCCGGAGAGAACGCAUGGACAGAGGGAACUCUCUACCAAGCAUCCUGGAACAGAAGAUUCAUCCAUAUGAAGCACUAAUUGUGACUCACAAAGGGCGCUGUAGGCUGCCUCCAGGAGUCGACCGCACCCCGGCUGGAAGUGAGUAUCGUUUCUCCAGACACCUGUCCCCAGAGGACUUCCAGGAGGUGUUUGGGAUGCCUAUUGCUGAGUUUGACCGCUUGUCGUUAUGGAGACGAAAUGAACUGAAGAAGAAAGCCUCGCUUUUCUAACAGGAAGUGACCUCAUUCACAUCGAUUACUUGAUGAAGCUCCGCCUCUGAAAGGAGAAGAGAAGGAACAGGCCAUAGCUUUAGAUAUCCAGUCAGCAAACACUUACAGCGAGUCAUCCUAUCGUACUAACCAAUCGAGCGCCGGCAUGAGCCGGGCCCUCGUGGGUCAGAAUGUUGUUGAAGAUGACCGGUUCUGGUCAAGUCCAGUUAACCUUCAUCAAUGCACUGGCAUAGUACAAGUGCUGCACUUAUAACUACCACUGCUUGCAAAUCAUCCUUAUUAUAUAUCUGCUCACCACCACCACCACCACCAUCAUCAUCAUCAUCAUCAUCAUCCAUGUGACACUUAGUCUCACAGAGUUUGACAUCUUGGAGAUGUUUCUGCAGGUUGAUCCAAAAUCUUCUAGGGGAAACUCAGGUUUUCUGCUAUCAUAAGGCUUUCUGGUUACUAUAGCAACAGGAUCACAGUUGACCUCUGUGACCUGGCUUAUCAGCAUAAAAAUAAUUCUCACUCCAAACGAGCUGACUGUGGAGUCCUUCAUAGAUUUUAACUUCUAGAUUCCUGAGACAAAGUCGAUUUUUUUAAGUCCAAACUAUAAAUAAGGGUCAGUUUAGCCUCGUCUCAGGUCCAGAGCAUCUAGAGAGGAACCGUAAUGUCCUACCGUAGCCGUUCCUUCACGUUUGUCAGAUAAAACAUCUCAAGGCCUGACUUGUUCCAGCUAAGAACUUGUCUGAAGACACUUCACCGCUGGUUUGAGUAAAUGGUCAACCUUUCAACCGGCCAGCUGCUUGGUAAAGGUUUCCAUAACAACUCUAAUUUAUUUAUAUGUUUAUUUAUUACAUUUCUUCCUGGUGGCUUGUGAAUGUGGGGAUAUGAUGAUUACUUGUAGUUAGGCUUGUGUUCCAGCAGAGGGAGCCUAUUAACCAGACCUCACCAACAGCUCCAUGGUACCAGACAGAACUCUCUUCAUCAUCCAAACUUCAGGGUGUUUCUGCUUCUCCACCAGAACAGCUGAUUAGGAUUUCUAUUUAUUAUGUGUAGCUUUCAUUUAUUGUUGCUAUGUGGAAAGUUGUUUUUUUAAAGAUCACUGUUUGUCCAUACUGUUCAUCACUUCUCCCUAGCUAACACUUUAAAAGAGCAGUUUGUAUACUUUGUGGGUGUCACUGUGGAGAAUACGCCCUCUGUCCCUCCGUCUGUCUGUCUGUCGUCCACCCCCAGUGGUUUCUGUCGUAUAACUUAAUAAACCUGAUAAACAUUUA